GAAGCGACAGGCUGUGGAAAACGAUCGUGCGGUCGCAGAGAGCAUGGUGCUGACGCCAAGCUCAGAGAGCCUGGAGGGCUGGCAGGCGCCCACGGACAAGGUGGACGUCUUCAUGCAGUUCAUCAUGUUCAACGUCACCAACGCGGAGGCGGUGAUCGCGCGCGGCGAGAAGCCGAUGCUGCAGGAGGUCGGCCCCUUCUCCUACAGGGAGAGCCGGCGACGGGUGAACCUGAGCUGGUCGGAGGACGGCGCGCGGCUCACCUACUCCGAGCACCUGUCGUAUGCGUUCGACCCGGAAACAUCGGCGCCCGGCGUGGAUGAGGACACCAGCAUCGUCACAGUCAACGCUCCAAUGCUGAUGCUGCAGGAGCUGGUGGCCUCGCUGCCGCUCUCGAUGAUUCUCAGUGGACUCGUCUCGGCCACCAUGGGGCCGCAGCUGCGCCGUCCGUUCGUCUCCGUCCCCGUACGACAGCUGCUGUUCGACGGGUCGCCGGUGCCGGCGCUGAAGAGCCUGCUCAGGCUGCCCGGCACCGGAGCCAUCCUGGAUGGUCUGUGUGGCAGAGGACUGUGCGGCAGUCCACGCGACCUGGAGAGACUGAAGAACGGCCGCUUUCCGUCCAUGAUGUAUAACAACUCUCUGGACGGCCCAUAUACGAUCGAUACGGGUAAAAAUGAUAUCGACCGUUUCACGCGCGUGGAGUCGUACAAGGGCAAGUCAUCGCUUGAUUACUGGGGCUCGUCCUACUGCAAUAUGCUGAACGGCACAGAUGGAAUCACCUAUCCCCCGCACAUGGAGAGAAAGGACCGCAUAUUCAUAUUCAACAAGGACCUAUGCAGAUCCAUCUACCUCGACUACGAGCGCGACGUCGAGUACUUCGGCAUCUCGACGCGUCGCUACGUGCCGGCGCGCGCUGUUCUGGAGGACCCGGCCGUCAACCCUGACAACAAGUGCUUCUGCGCCCCGGAGGACCACUGCCUGCGUGCCGGAGCGCUCAGCCUCAGCCCCUGCCAGUUCGGAGCACCAAUUGUCGCUUCUACGCCUCACUUCUACAACGGAGAUCCAUCCUAUCUAGAAGCCGUGGACGGCCUCGCCCCGGACAAACGCUACCACGAGACGUUUAUCGACAUUGAGCCACUCACCGGACUGGCCCUGAACGGCGGUAAGAAGAUUCAGAUCAACAUUGACCUAGAGCGGUUCGGCUCUCUGGACGGUAUGGAGCGGCUGCCGCCCGUGCUCUUCCCGGUCAUGUACACCAACGAGACAGCGGUAGUGAACUCUGCACUGGCGGCCGAGUUCCGAGACCGUCUGCAGCGUCCGCUGAGUCUGGUGGCCGCCGCCCGCUGGCUGCUGGUGGCCCUCGGAUCGGCCCUGCUGCUGCUGGCUGGACUCAUGUAUCUGCGUCGCCACAGCCACCCCACGACCAAGGCCGGACAGUGCCCGCUGCAAUGACGGUCGGUCCCGGCUGCGGCGCAAGCUGCACCGGGACCCCAGCUGGGCGCCGGCCACUGCCGGCUCGCCGUGGACGCGGAGGGCAGCGAUCAGACCCUGCUGCCGCCGCCGCAGUACCCGACAGACACCGAGCGACGGCCGCUCACACUGCAGGGCGCGGAGGGCCGACAGACUAGGAACGGUGCAGUGACGAACGGGACCGCUGCGGCGGCAGUGAACGGUCGGAGUGGGGAGAGGGUGACGGCGAAUCGGUUCUGACGCGAGGCGUGAAGGCGGUGAUUGAUCUUUGUGGGAUGGUGGAGUUCGUGUGAUGUGGAGUAGGCAGUAAGCUGUGAGACUGAGGCGACAUGGUUGAUGCUGAUAUUUGGGGUGGGUAUGGGCCGCAGAGCCAGCUUCUCUCAUUACUCGACAUCCUCGCUCCUCAUUCAUCGCUCGUGGCUCUCAGUCACAGAACCAAAUACAGCCGGCGUGCCUUGCCGUCGGCGCAGUACUAGUUAUCCGAACCCACGGAGUCGCGGCGAUGGUAGGGUGUUUCGCAAACCAACACACUGUCAACAUCUGGAACCGUCAUCAUGAUCACCAUGCUUGCGGCUCAUUUUAACAUUUAUGAUCUGUGUGACAUCAUCGUUGUCAUCACUUUGAGAUCUGAUAAUUUUUUUUAGAUGAUUUAUUUCUGUUAAGGAAAUCGCACCUUGCAAAAAAAUGUUUUUUUUUUCUUCGAAAACAAGCCAAGCUUGAAUGCCCGAGCUGUGGCAAAGUCGUUAUCCCGACUGACCCAUUCUUUCGUCGAAGAGCUAUGUGCACCAACCGUAGCAUACUCGUAGCUCUAUGUGUGAAGGCCGUUUUAUCAUUUAGCUCCCAAGCUGUAGCCAGUGCGCUAUGCUAAAUAGCGUUUUCCCGUUAACCCCUUCGCAAGGGGUCGUAUUCGCCGCAUUCCAUUUGUUCGUUUGCAGAGAGCCGUCUCCAUCAUGUGUGUUUGUUUGUCCUAUGUGCAAUGGUAGGCAGCAGCUUUGGCUGUGGUCAGUGAUCUUAGACCAAGAUCGGAGCUUUAUACGUGAUACUGCAAGUUGCUGAAGGCGAUGUUCUCGUUUCUUGUUGAGUUCUUUCGAGCAAAUGUGUGAUGCUGAAUUUUAGAAAUAAGGUCAUUUAUUCGCUUUGAAGGCUGUUGCGUUGGUAUGUUUGGGCCGUGCUUGUGGUUAGGCUUUACUAAGAAAUAUUUAUUGCUUGUUCGCCGCCGUUUAGCCUCCGUUAGGGCGGCGCAGACUUUCCAUAUUCGAUGGACGUAUGUUGGACUGCCGGAAGUGUCACGAAGUGUUGGAAAUAUUGUUGUAAAUGUGCGACACCAAAGUCGGGACCCUCCCGUCUCGAAGGAAACCGUCCUAAGUGUGUGUUCACUACUGUAUUGUUAGUGAAAAGUCCCAUAGAAGUAGACACAACCAUAUGCCUUUCACUAUCAAAUCAAGGUUAGCGCAAGUAGACGUUUUAGUGUACCCCACUAGCUGAUUUCCCUCAUAAAGCGGGAGUAGCACAUGCUGGUGCCCCUGUGCGGUCAAGUUUUGCAGUUGAUUGAGAUUCAUUUCAGUAGUCUAGCAUCAUUCAAUGGCAGCUCAGACGAUUGGAAUGGACAGAUUGGCCCCGACUGGCAGAGACGGGGCAGAGCGAGUCCUGACUGGCUUAGGGCCCAGCUGAGCGGUACAUUAGAAGCAACCACCCGUCUUGAGUAUGAUACACCGAUCACCUGUAUCCUCAGUGAACCCGUGCGCUUCACAAUCGGAGCUUCCUGCUACAUUUUCAACUUCUCUGGCUGACUUACUGGAUCCUGGGACCUGUGGAUUACGAGGCAGAGCGAGCAUACAUAAAUAUCAAAUUGCUCUCCUCGCGAGCCCGGAUGUGAUCCAUCCCGGGACGGGUCACCGGAGAUCUCCGCUGUCAGUGUUAAGGGUCUUCACGUACCGAGGCGCACGGUGGCAGCCACUUGUACUCAUGUAUCGCUCUGUAUCUGUCGCUCCGCUCCGCGUAUGUCCUCUCGCCGACUCGUCGCCUUUUCAUGUUGCUCACCGCGAUCGCUGGCCUGGCUAAUCGCCGUCAUCUAUACCAACGGGUAAUCAUCGGUCGGUGUUUCUGCGCGUCAUCGUGACGCAGAGUGACAUCGUGACGGCAUUGUGACGGGACCGUGACGCUGCGAGCCGGUCAUGUUUCACCGCGCGACCGAUCAAAAGUAGCGAUAUUUUUCAUACUUUGCGUAAACAGCGUACGAGUCGCGAUCUUACGCACGUAUGCGUUCCUUAGUGGACGUGCCACUAGGCGUCUGCACUUGUAUCGAUCGGAAGGAGCUCAGCUGUCUCGAACUGAAACUAUACUGCGAAAUAAAUGAUGUUGCAAAGA